AGCAUAGCAUGCAUCAGCAUACGGAAACGUUCAGGUGGAUCAAACAAGCGUUAAUUCUGGAGAGAUGUGAAUUCUUUACUGUUUCUCGAAUAAACAGUUUUUAAUAUAGUGUCUUUUAUGUGUGCCUUACAUCCAAAAGGAACGAUGAGAUAAAAAAGGAAUUCAAGUCAUUUUUAUGUGAUCAUGUAUUUCCAUCUAUCAACUGUGCAGGUACGGAAUGGAAAGAAACAUGCAGGAAACCAAGCGUAGUUCGUGUGAAGUACAAACACAGCAAUCAAUCAGCUUGUGCGUAACACAAUCAAUCUUACUAUGGAGUAUGAAUGUUCAAAUCAACAGAUAGGCCAACUCUAGUUACACAUAGUUACAAAUUUGAGUUGUAAUCUUAAAGCUACUGCAUAAUUCGUGCAUCAGUGCUGAGAACAAUCUCCUAAUACAUAUGUGCGUGCAACACGGUAAGAAGGUCGGUUGGGGUUUCAAUGUGUACGUGCGUACGCUUCUAGCGACGCGUUGAUUUUUUAUGCGAAAGCGUGUGGCUGUGUAAGUGUAGUUUUGGUUAUAUCUAUCCGAUAUUGUGCCUUGAAAUAUAUUUUAUACGUCAAUUUACUCAAAUGAAGUAUACAGUGAUAAUUAAAUCAUAAAAAAUAACUCGUCUUUAACAUCACAUAACAAUUUGCUGCAGAAACAAAGACGUUUAACAAAGAAUAUAUACAUCGUACCAAGUGGUUUUUAGGCUUCCUGGUACAAGGUGGUUCCAGAGAAGUGCAUUACUUUCGUUGUUAAUUAUGACCAUGCAAGAACGUAUGACAGGUGGAAGACUAGUCUGGCUGUGGGUAAUCUGUGUGGUCAGCGACGCUUUAUAAAGAUCAACAUACAACACGAUACAAAUGGCAUCAAAUCUAACAGACGUUGAUUCUCGAUUGCGGAACAACGAACAACUACUUGUUAGAAUCAUAAGAACACGACCGAUACAAAAAAAUCUGUUCGUAAUAUUCCGCGUCGCAGUAAGAAAAAUUGGCUGGAAUAUGAAAACCAGCAACGAAGAAAUGCAUCAAUCAUGGAGACGGCGACGAGAUGGACAACGACAACCGGUAUGGAGUAACGGGCGUUCGCCACGGGUGACGAUGCUGGUGCACUUGCUGAUGCUAUUCUGUUUUCUGCGUUACCUGUCGGCUGCGACUGUGACUGGUUUUAGCAUGUUACCAGAUACCCAACUUCAAGCACCUCGAUUCACCACUCAACCGUCUUCGUCUGGUUCGAUCGUGAAUGAAGGUCGAACAAAAAUUCUUCAAUGUCACGCAUUAGGUUAUCCACAGCCUACAUAUCGUUGGAUCAAAGAUGGUAUCCCAGUAGGAAACUUCAGCAAUAGCCAGUAUCUGAAAAUAUUGAAUAUUACGCGUGCCAACGCCGGUUCAUACCAGUGCGAAGCAGCAAACAAAGCCGGGACCAUUUUUAGCGAAAAAAUCGACGUUGUUGUCGCCUAUAUGGGUUUAUUUGACGAUUUGUCCGAAAAAAUCGUAUCGGUAGAGUCCGGCUAUCCUGCAAUACUUAAUCUUUCAUACAUUGAAUCGGUCCCAGCACCCUCAGUGACAUGGCAAACAGAUGAAGGAUCGCUAGAGUAUAAUAUUAAGUUUGCCCAGACUUCCAGUAACCAAUUGAUUAUCUUGAGCGCCGACGAGGGAGAUAUCCGCGCAUAUCGAGCACGCGCCUUCAAUACUCAAAUUGGUCGCGAGGAAAGCACUGGAUUAGUGCGAUUAAAUGUAACUGGUAAUCCGUACUCCGAGAUCGCACCAGAGAUAAUUGUGCACCCGCAGAGCAUGAAGGUUGUGCGUGGCACUCAGACAGUCGAAUUAGAAUGCAUCGCCAACGCUCGUCCGCUACACGAGCUCGAAACCAUAUGGCUGAAGGAUGGUAUUCUGAUUGAGAAUACCGGUAUCCAUUACACGCAAACUGAUCCUUGGAAUCGCACUAUCACGCUGCUUCACGUGAACUUGACGCACACGGGUGAAUAUACGUGCCAAGUUCAGAUGCGCACGGGUGGUCAUCCGAUCGUGUUUUCCGUGGCGCAAGUUACUGUGCAGGAACCGCCUACGUUCGUGACACCGUUACGUACAGAAACAUUAGGCGAGUACGGAUCGCGAAUCGUAUUGGCUUGUGAUGUAAUCGGUGCACCACUGCCGAAAAUAAAAUGGUUCAAGAAUGCGCGUCCAAUCGAAUCAGCAACUGGGCGGUAUACCAUACAAGACGAUAAUUCCCUGGAAAUAUAUAAGUUGGGGAUAGAUGACACGGCUAUGUUCCAAUGUCUUGCUUCCAAUGAGGCUGGUGAAAAGUCGGCUUACACUUGGCUGAAGGUGAAAACCUCGACGCCAAUUAUGGAAAUGGCUCCUACAAAUCAGACGGUUCUUGAUGGAAAGGAUGCCACAAUGUAUUGUCAAGCAAUUGCAGCACCUACACCAAGUAUUUAUUGGAUUUACAAUGAUACAUAUCCUAUUGAAACAACUUCCAGAAUGCAGAUUUUAGAGUCAGGCGAUCUGUUAUUAUCAAACGUACGUGAAGCCGAUAGUGGGCUCUACACGUGUAUUAGAGAAAAUGAGGCUGGUCGUAUCACUGGUUCUGGAUAUUUAAACGUACUAGUUCGUACACAAAUUGUUCGUCCACCAGCAGAUACUACCGUUCUGCUUGGACAUUCGGCUACAUUGGAAUGUGGUGUCUCAAGCGAUCCAACAGUGCCGUAUAAUAUUGAUUGGUACCGGGAGCCCAAUCGACUACCCAUUAAAAACAGUCAACGCAUCGGCGUUAGAGGAGAUGGUACACUUGAAAUUACGGAAGUGCGUCCUUCAGAUGUUGGUCAAUAUUCAUGUAUCGUAACGUCUCCCGGUGGAAAUGAAACACGCUCAGCAAGAUUGAGCGUCAUUGAAUUACCAUUUGCACCGUCGAACGUGCAAGCUGUGCGACUUAACACUCCCCAAAACAGGGCAAUCAAUGUAUCGUGGACACACGGAUUUGAUGGAAAUAGCAAAAUUAUAAAGUUUAUUGUUCAGCGGCGUGAAGUACCAGAACUAGGUCCGCUUCCUGAUCCAUUGCUAAACUGGAUUACGGAGGCGGCCAACGUAUCCGCACAGGCAAAAUGGAUUUUUUUAACAAAUUUAAAGGCGGCAACGGCUUACCAAUUCCGAAUUAGCGCGGUCAAUCGAGUCGGUGAAGGUUCGCCUUCCGAACCGAGUAAUGUAGUGAAAUUACCACAAGAACCACCGUCAGGUCCACCAGUAGGAUUCGUUGGUUCGGCACGUUCAUCUACUGAAAUUAUUAUACAAUGGCAGCCACCCGUCGAAGAACAUCGGAACGGGCAAAUUCAUGGUUAUAUUAUUCGGUACCGUCUAUUCGGCUACAAUAAAAGCCCAUGGAAUUAUCGCAAUAUUACUAAUGAGGCGCAGCGUAAUUAUCUUAUUCAAGAGCUAAUCACAUGGAAGGACUACACUAUCGAGAUCGCUGCUUAUAAUAAUAUGGGUGUAGGUAACUACACAGACGGAGUGAAAAUCAAGACUAAAGAAGGUGUUCCAGAAGCACCACCGACGAAUGUACGUGCAGAAGCAAUCAAUUCGACAGCUAUCCGCAUUUGGUGGACCCCUCCCAAUCCGCAACAGAUUAAUGGUAUAAACCAGGGUUAUAAGCUGCAAGCCUGGCAUUUCGAAAAACUACCUCUGCAAUCUCCAGAUGUUGGGUCUACUGGCGGAAGUGUAUUAGGCGGCGAAAUAAAUGACGAUGGUAGGGAAUUAAUAGAAACGGAAAUGAAAACACUUACCGUACCACCGAAUUUAUUAGAUCCAUUGGCUGAACAAAGCGAAGUAUUACAUGGAUUGGAGAAAUAUACGGCCUAUAACAUUACUGUGCUGUGCUUUACCGAUCCAGGAGACGGUGAAAGAAGCAAGCCAGUACGAGUGCGUACGCUCGAAGAUGUUCCUGACGAAGUAAGUGCUUUGCAAUUUAGUGGAAUUUCAGAUCGUGAGGUUAGUGUGGCAUGGGAACCACCGCGACAUACCAAUGGAAUACUCAUUGGGUAUCAAGUUCGUUAUUAUGUAAAGGAUCAGCCCGAGACCGCACGCAAAGUAAACUUAACAGCAGAACAAACGCGGCUUAAAGUAACACAUUUGACAGCCACCACGCAUUAUACGUUCGAAGUUAAUGGAUGGACGAUUGUGGGGGCUGGUGCCUUGAAAGUAGCUACAAUUCAGUCUGGAAUUGAACCAGUUUUGCCUCACCCACCAUACCAGUUGGCACUAUCAAACAUCGAAGCGUUCUCUGUAGUGAUACAGUUCACACCAGGCUUCGACGGAAACUCAUCCAUCACCAGUUGGAUCGUCGAAGCCCAAACCGCUCGGAACCUGACCUGGUUUAUAGUGCACGAGCUUCACGAUCCAGAUGCUUCAACGGUUACUGUUUUGGGAUUAACUCCCUUCACUACAUAUCGAUUGCGCAUAACUGCUUGUAACGUCGUCGGUCGGUCGGAACCAUCAGAACCAACGAAAGAUUUCCAAACGAUCCAAGCACGCCCGAAACAUUCCCCGUUUAACGUGACAGUACGGGCAAUGAGCGCAACUGAAUUGCGUGUACGAUGGAUACCGUUGCAGCAAACUGAGUGGUUCGGUAAUCCGAGAGGUUAUAACAUCACCUAUCGGAACAUUCUUGAGAAUGAUUUAAAAGGGUUCUCUGAACCAAUCGCGAUAAGUACUGCAGAUGUAGGAAAAGGCACCUGGUCACCUGUAGGAGGUGCAGAAAGUGGCGGUUGGGGACGUAGUAUAUUAAUUGAGGAUCCUACUGCCAACUCACACGUUCUGGAUGGCCUAGAAGAGUGGUCAGUGUAUGAAAUCGCUAUGAAGGCUGUUAAUGAAGUAGGUGAGUCGAACGAUAGUCCACAUGCAUUUGAACGUACACGAGAGGCAGUACCAACGAUGGGACCGGCCGCAGUAGAAGCUAAUGCAACAUCGUCUACAACAAUAGUGGUACGUUGGACCGAAGUACCAAAUGUACAUCGAAAUGGCCAAAUUGAGGGUUACCGUGUUUACUAUGGUUCGGUAGCAGGUCGCACCCCUGUAUUGCAUAAAACAACCGCCAACAACUAUACCUUUACGACUACACUAACCGAGCUGAAGAAAUACGUUCAAUAUGACAUCCAGGUGCUGGCAUAUACCCGGCUCGGUGAUGGUGUGCUCAGUACGCCCCCUGUACGCAUUCAAACGUUUGAGGAUACACCGGGUGCACCGUCAAACGUAUCCUUUCCGGAUGUUUCUUUCAGUAUGGCGCGCAUUAUAUGGGAUGUGCCCGAGGAACCCAAUGGUGAAAUUUUAGCUUAUCGUGUAACGUAUUUAUUGAACGGAUCGCAAAAUUUAAAUUUCACACAAGAGUUUCCUCCAUCUGACCGAACGUUUCGUGCAACACAGCUCCUCGCCGAGCGUUACUAUUUGUUUAGCGUGACAGCUCAGACACGGCUGGGCUGGGGAAAGACAGCGACUGCCCUCGUUUAUACUACAAAUAAUCGUCAAAUACCUCAAUCGCCCUCAGCGCCACAAAUUUCACGCUCUCAGGUUCAAUCAGAACAGAUCACCUUUAGUUGGACACCAGGGCGCGAUGGAUUUGCUCCUCUUCGUUAUUAUUCGGUUCAAUUUCGCGAAAACGAAGCGUCUUGGACGUUAAUACCUGAACGUGUAGAUCCAGCAGUGACAUCGUACACGGCGAGUGGACUGAAACCACAUACAUAUUAUCAGUUUCGUAUACAAGCCACGAACGAUUUGGGUCCGUCUAGCUACAGUAAAGAGAGUAUUCAUAUUCGCACACUGCCAGCUGCCCCAUCCGAAGCCGUAACGGGUUUGAAAGUAGUUCCUAUUACCACUACGAGUGUACGUGUGCAAUGGGUAGCUUUGCGGUCCAGCGCAUGGAACGGUGAUGGUGAGACGGGUGGCUAUCGCAUCCUUUAUCAACCUUUAUCAGACUUUCCUUCCACGCUGCAGAGUACACCGAAGAUGGACGUACUUGGUGUUAAUGAAGUGUCGGCUAUUUUGUCUGACUUGACUCAGGAUCGUAAUUAUGAAAUCAUUUUGCAACCAUUCAAUUCACAAGGUUCAGGGCCACCAUCGCCUCCUGUUGCAGUGUAUGUCGGUGAAGCAGUGCCAAUUGGAGAACCGCUCAACAUAGAAGGCAAAGCAAUAUCGUCUACUGAAGUACGACUGCAUUGGAAUCCUCCACAACAAAACACUCAAAAUGGAGAACUAUUAGGGUAUAAGAUAUUUUAUCUUGUUACCGAUGCAUCAGCUCAAGACUUCGAUCCUGGCCCGUCAUCAUAUAUCGGUGGAGUAAAUAGUGGAAAUGAUGCCCGAAAUAAAACACCCGAAGAGGAGAUUGAAGUUGUACCGGCAUCAUAUACGACACACAAUCUCGUUUUUCUUGAUAAAUAUACUGAAUAUCGAAUUCAGAUAUUAGCGUUUAAUCCAGCUGGUGAUGGACCACGGUCUGCCCCUAUAAUCGUCAAAACCCUUGCCGGACUUCCUGGUCCUCCAACACGGUUACUCUUUACCGACAUCACAAUGAAUAGUUUGACGGUGAGCUGGGAUGUGCCACGUAGGCGCAACGGCCUCAUACUAGGCUAUAUUGUAGCUUAUGAAACAACUGAAGAUAAUGAAAAAUUUAGCAAACAAGUAAAACAAAAGGUCACUAGCACUAACUUAAUUGUGCAGAACUUGGAGGAAGAGGUUACGUAUACGUUUACAGUGCGCGCUCAAACCAUUGAGUAUGGUUCAGCUAUUAGCGGAAAUGUAACCACAGGACCGCAGGAAGGUUCACCUGGCUCACCUCGUGAACUAUUGCUCUCAAAAUCGCAGGCUAGCGUGCAGAUGCGCUGGAUCAACGGACAGUCAGGCAAAGGGCCGAUUAUAGGCUAUUACAUCGAAACAAAAAAGCGAGAUGAUCUCCGUUGGGAAACAGUAGCACGGACAACGAACGGCCCAAUACAAGAAUUUACCGUCAGUUUUCAAAAUCUUCUACCUUCGACUGCGUACAAAUUUCGUGUGAUCUCAUACAACCGUUAUGGCAUAAGUUGUCCAGUCUAUUCCGAUGAUGCAGUGCUUACUCCUUCGAAGCUGUAUUUGGAAUAUGGCUACCUUCAGCUGAAACCUUUUUAUCGUCAAACAUGGUUCAUGGUAGCACUAGCGGCUACAUCCAUCGUGAUAGUCAUUAUGGUCAUUGCCGUGUUGUGUGUGAAGAGCAAAAGUUAUAAAUACAAACAAGAAGUUCAGAAAACUCUGGAGGAAUCAAUUGCAAUGUCCAUCGACGAAAGACAAGAGCUGGCAUUGGAACUUUAUCGGUCUCGGCACGGUGUAUCGGCAAACGGUGGAGUAAACGGAGUCAACGGUGGCACUGGCCCAAUAAUUCAUAGCACUCUCGGACGCCGAACAGGUGCAAUACUGGGUAGAAAAGGUGGUGUUGGAGCAGGUUCCAGUACUGCAGCUGCAGCAGUUUCGUUGGGCAAGUCACCUCCGCGACCAUCACCCUCGUCUGUCGCUUAUCACAGUGAUGAAGAAAGCUUAAAAUGUUAUGACGAAAAUCCAGACGACAGCAGUGUUACGGAAAAGCCAUCUGAGGUGAGCUCCAGUGAUUCACAGGCAUCAGAAAGUGAAAACGAAAGUGUCCGAUCGGAUCCACACUCUUUCGUGAACCAUUAUGUCAACAAUGAUCUGCUGCGGCAAUCCUGGAAACGUCAAAAGCCAGUGCGCAAUUAUUCUAGCUACACUGACUCGGAUCCUGAAGGAUCGGCUGUUAUGAGCCUGAACGGAGGUCAAAUAAUUAUGAACAACAUGGCACGUUCACGUGCCCCAUUGCCUGGUUUCAGUUCCUUUGUGUGAGGAAUUUAUAAUGCAAACCGCAAUGUCUCAACAAUCAAAUGUCUUAUGGAAUCGAUAAGAUCAGAUCGAUAUAAACUGGCAAUAAUACUUACAACACAAUGCACUAAAAAAUGAGUCACUUUUUUACAUGUCUCAGAAGAAAUAAGCAGUGUUAUGAGAGUGUAUACGAGCUCAGAAUUUUUACGUUUAUAUUCUGUUUUGAUUCAAUUCUAAUUAUACCACAUGUAUCACUAAAAAGAGCCUGAACAUGUUACUUAUUUUUGGAGAAGUAUCACUCGGUAGCAUAAGUAGUGCUAGCUCAAACUAGCUCGAUAGUUUUGUAAGUUGACAAAAAUGUUAGCAUUUAGAAAUAUGUUAAAGACCCUUUUACCUAUCGUCUUUGUUAGGUAUUUAAACACAGCUAUUACUAUUGCUACCCUGAAUUAGGACGUGUAAUGAACUAUUAGGCGUUGAUGAAGCGAUAGCAAACUUAAUCAUCUUAGGUGCGAAGGGCGGAAACUCUUACAUACACAGAAAUGAUUUAUGUGAUAAUCGGAAUAUCUAAGAAAUCAAAGCUAUUAUGGAACUAGAUUUAGGCGCACCAUUCUUGGCAUUUGAGUAUUCCGUUUGCCGUUCCCACAGUCCAGGAUUAUCCGCCAUUAUAAGGUAUGUGGUGAGCCAAAGUGCUAGGUAAGCGUAUUUUGAAGCAUGUGCAGUUUAUUAACUAAGAACUAACUAUUAUUCGACUGAAGAGAUAUGUGUUUUAUUAUACUUUUCGAUUUUAUAUUUUUACAUUUACGCUAGUAUUUUCAAUGUAAGAAAAAGCCAUUUUCGUAAAUAAAAUAUACAAAAAUCA